CUUCAGUUCGUUCAUCCAGAAUAUGACCUAAUUUAUAGAUAGGGCACCGAUGUACCAGCAGCUUGUGCUGGAAGAAGUUGAUCUCGAGCUUGGAUUGAGAGAACGGCUGUAUGAGACAGUGCAUUCUCGACUAACUUGGGCAUUGAUACUUCAGGAGACACUCGAGAAGGGCCUGAAAGGUGCUACAAGCGAGGAAGCACCCUUCCAAGAGGCUGCUUUAGAUGCUCUGCACGCGAUAGAACACCCUUGCAGUAUCCUCUUCGACAGAGAGACCAAGCUCCCAGACAGACCCAUCCCUCUCCCUGUCACUCCUGCGGACUAUGCAGUCCCUGAAGCUACUUCUGUCUCUUCUCAUUCAACGCCACGCAUCGGGUCCACCCGUCUUCGUGGUCUUCCUCGUGCUCCUCCGCCGCCUAGCAAGAAGUUGCUUUUCUUGCGAAACGCCACUACCUCACCGCCUGAGAUUGCAAAACUUGUCUGCUCGGACUGUCUUCGUUCUGACUUUUCAAAUCUCCAAGGGCUGCUAAACCACUGCCGGCUGCGUCAUCAUCGCGAGUUUGGCAGCCACGAUGAGUGCAUUCAGAGAUGCGCUGUCCUGGUACCCGAUGAGGAGCGCGAUUGGGUGGUUGCAAAUGGUACAGAGCUUGGAGGAAUCAGCUUGCCGAGCUUACGGAGGUUAUUUGAGAUUGCGGUGGGAGCCGGGGAGCAUAUCUCAUUUUCUAACCUGCACCAUCAUCCAAGCCGAGAAAACAACAACGAGGCUAACGCGGUCAUUCAUUCUAAAAAGAAAGAGACACCAGUACCGACAAGCACGGAGGUGACACGAACGUUGGGCCACCACAUGGAUACUCCGGCACUUGCUCCUUUUCUUGGCAGGGCUCCAAAGAGACGUAUUAUCCAUGUAUACGAUGAUCUCAACGAAGUAAUUGACAUCGUAGGGGAAACAGAGGAGUCCAUCGGCGGGGGCAAGAACCGUGCCUGGAGGAUGCACUACAAUCACCGAAAUGUAGCUCGGCCGGCUAUUGAUGAAGUCAAUCCUCUAACGGAGGUGGAGAAGAAGACAGAGCCACAGGAAAAUAGUCUAAUGUCUGGGGCAGCAAAUACAUGUUCGCUCUCAAACGCUGCAAGCAGUCGCUUCCAUGUCAACGCUCGUGUUAAGAUUGCAGACUAUAGUCUUUGGCUCCAUCCUGAUCGCCGCGUGAAAUCCCAUCCAGAUCAUACACAUCGCUGGCGGCUCGCAGUGUCUGCUCCAUCUUAUAGCCUGCAUAUCUCUACCUUUUUGGCCAAGCUGACUAUCACCUGCCUCACGGAUCCACCUCCUUCAACUCUCAUAAAGCCUAUUGUGGUGACCGAGCCACCGUUCGUUGUGACUCGCACUACCGACAAGCCCUUUCUAGCAUGCAUUAAUUUAACUUGGAUAGGGGCAAUGAAUCCUCCAAUGGACGUCGAGCAUUGGGUUGAUAUAGAUCCUAUACAUUUGGGCAACCCAGUUCUCGGCGAUGAGCAGGUGUUCGACGUCGAGCUGGACAAGACCACGCCAUUGCUGCCCGUCCGGGAGGACGCUAGGAAAGUUACAUGGAGAGACGAGCAGUCUGGCAUGGACAAGCAUGACAAGUCCACGGAAGAGCACACUAACACUGACCCUGAGUAUAUCCUCACCCUACGAGCGCUGCUGCCGCAAGUGCCAAUUAUGACUAAAGACUGGAAAGGGCGACAUCAUGAACAAUCGGUAUCUAUGCUGGUACCGGGCGCCGCUCAAUUCCGCAACAUAGUCCCAGGGCGCCGCAAGGCGAUAGAAAUGAGCCGGGCGCGGGCAUUACGCCAUGCCUACGAGAAGCACGUUGCCUCCCUUCCUGACACAGACAAUCUAAUUCCUCUCACAGCUGUGGAGGUCUAUCGAUGGAUGGAAGAUGAAAACAUAUUUCCUCGUGCGGCUCUCGAGAAGGCGGCUGCCACCGCUUCAUCAUCGCAGGACGAAUUGGCUCAACAUCUGGAUGAGUAUUGUCCGUUCUGUGGGCUGAUCCAGCCAUUGCACCCCGCCGUUGUCAAGGAUGACGGUGGCGACAAUGUCAAACCCGCAGAAAUCUUUUCAUUUACCCGCGGAAGUUCCAAUUGGGCAGUAUGCACCACUUUCAAUGCACCGACUCCCAGGCUGCCUUUGCUCGUUCUGAACCACUUGAUGGGCAAGAUAUCUGACGCGGGACCGGCAGAACCUCUAUCUUAUGAAUUGCAUCCCACGAUCUACUCGGUGCCAUAUCCAAGUACCCAGGGCCCGGGAGUUGCCAUGUCAUCUUCUGAUCUGCCGGCAUUUGUGGACCCCGCUCUCGUUUAUGCGAUUCGGAAUGUCUCGGCGAUGUGGCGCUUGAAGCACUUCGCAGCGGCCUCUCAACUAUUCUCAGACUCGGCGAAUGAUUUAUCAGGUCGCACUGGGGUCAAUCGGCCACGCCAGGAGCUGCUGGACGACCUCGCCCCCUACGCUUUAUUGGCGGCAGUAACGAGGUCGAUGGUGAAGCUACUCGUUCACGACGGGGUCAGUGCGUUCAGACGCGAUGAGGCAGCGUUGCGUGCACUGGGGCCCGAUGACCGCCCAGCAAAGAGAAGAGCACAAACGACACCCGCGAUCAGACGACUGUUGACGCCAUCGCACAUCGCGCGUGGAUUAGAGUUGAAUGCGGGACGCGGGCUGGUGGGUAGCGCGGCGCUGUUGAGCCUUGCGCUGUUAGGGGCAACGGGGGUGGAUACAGGAUCAGGCGUGAUUCCAUCUGCACGAGCAAUUCUCGGAUCUAAUGUCACUGUAAAGAUGGAAGAGGGGGACCAUAUGCGUUGCUAGAGAUGUAGUGGCCUGUCCAACUUGUUGGACGUGCGUCCUUGCCAUGUGGAACUCAGCGAGCGUUGAGAGCAUUUAGGCUUAUUCCAGAUCGUGCUAAGUGGGAAAAAGA